AUUAUCCAAUAAUAAUACAAUAUUGAGAUAGGCAGCAUCACAACUCACAAGAACUCUCGUACAGCCAUGGCAGCCUUAGCUCAACAUCAUCAUCAGCUUCAAUUAUUCAAUCAUCUCUUCUCACCUCAAUCUCAGAAACCCAUUAAGCUUCCCUUGAAGCCCAUCUGCGCAAAACCCAACACAGAUGAAGCAUUCAAACCCAAGAAACAAGUGUCUGUGGACUAUGACAAGGGGACCCGCCAAGUGUCUGUGCACUUGAGUGGGCUGAGGAAGGAGCAUCUGCCCAAGUAUCAGAGGCUGAGAGUUGAUGGGGAUAAGUUUCAGAAAGAUUGGGCCAUUUCUGAGCUGGUUGUCAAGAUUAUGAGGAUGAAACAUUGGGAGGAUAUUGAGGGCUUGCUUAAUAGAUGGGCUGGGAGGUUUGCUAGGAAAAAUUUCCCUGUUCUUAUAAGGGAAAUGACAGUGAGGGGUUCGAUAGAACAUAGCCUUCAAGUUUUUAGUUGGAUGAAGCAACAGAAGAAUUAUUGUGCACGAAAUGAUAUUUACAAUAUGAUGAUACGGUUACAUGCAAGACAUAACCGAACAGACCAGGCACGCGGAUUGUUUUUCGAGAUGCAAGAGUGGAGGUGCAAGCCUGAUGCUGAGACCUAUAAUGCUCUAAUCAGUGCACAUGCUCGAGCUGGUCAGUGGCGUUGGGCUAUGAACAUAAUGGACGACAUGCUUCGUGCAGCUAUACCUCCAAGUAGAGCAACAUAUAAUAAUUUGAUCAAUGCCUGUGGAUCUAGUGGUAAUUGGAAAGAGGCUCUGAAUGUUUGCAAGAAAAUGACAGAUAAUGGAGUUGGGCCUGAUCUGGUGACUCACAAUAUUGUUCUAUCCGCUUAUAAAAGUGGAGGGGAGUAUGCAAAAGCAUUGUCGUACUUCGAGCUAAUGAAAGGAACAAAAAUUCGUCCUGAUACGACCACCCUCAAUAUUGUGAUUCAUUGUUUGGUAAAGAAUAGACAGUAUAUGAAAGCAAUUGAUAUAUUUACAUCGAUGAGGGAUAAAAGAGCAGAAUGUGACCCUGAUGUUGUGACCUUUACUACCAUGAUCCAUCUGUAUUCUGUUUCUGGGCAAGUUGAAGAUUCUAGGGCAGUAUUUGAUACAAUGCUAGCUGAAGGGCUUAAGCCUAAUAUUGUAUCAUAUAAUACUCUACUUGGUGCAUAUGCUUUGCGAGGGAUGAGUAAGGAGGCCUUGUUAGUCUUUAAUGAGAUUAAAAAAAAUGGUCUUCGCCCAGAUAUUGUGUCCUAUACGUCCUUACUCAAUGCUUAUGGAAGAUCGCAGCAACCUGGAAAGGCUGCAGAGGUAUUUGAAGCAAUGAAAAAGAACAAUUGGAAGCCCAAUUUAGUAAGUUACAAUGCUUUACUUGAUGCCUAUGGAUCUAGUGGUCAUCUAGCAGAAGCUGUGGAUCUAAUGCAUGCCAUGGAACAAGACGGAGUGUAUCCAAAUAUUGUUUCUAUUUCUACAUUGUUGGCUGCUUGUGGUCGCUGCUGUCAAAAGGUGAAGAUCGAUUCUAUACUUUCAGCUGCUGAGUCUAGAGGCAUUGAAUUAAACACAGUUGCAUACAACUCUGCGAUUGGAAGUUAUAUGAGUGUUGGGGAAUUUGAUAAAGCUUUAAAACUAUACAGUUCUAUGCGAAAGAAAGUGAAAUGUGAUUCCAUUACGUACAAUUUACUAAUAAGUGGGUGUAAUAAGAUGUCAAGAUAUCAUGAAGCUCUGAAGUUUCUUGAUGAAAUGGUAGAUUUAAGAAUUCCUUUGUCCAAAGAGGUGUAUUCCUCUGCGAUCUGCGCAUACAGUAAACAGGGUCAACUUGCUGAAGCAGAAUCUUUAUUCUGCAUGAUGAAGGAGGCUGGUUACAGUCCUGAUAAUAUUGCCUUUACAGCAAUGCUGCAUGCCUAUAGUGCUGCUGAAGAUGGGGAUAAAGCAUUUGCACUAUUCCAAGAAAUGGAGAUGGCUGAUGUUCAGCUGGAUUCUAUUGCUUGUUCGUCUCUGAUGAGAGCUUUUAAUCAAGGAAACCAACCAGCUAGAGUUCUAUCUGUGGCGGAGUUUAUGAAGAAGAGGAGAAUUUCCUUUAGUGAUGCUGUUUUUUCUGAGAUGGCAUCAGCUUGUAGCAUAUUGGGAGAUUGGAGAACAACAACUCUACUGAUCAGUAUGAUGGAGCCCUUGAUAAAUGGAUUGUCAGUUGGGUUAUUGAAUAAAGUUCUGUAUUCAAUUGGAAAAUCUGGGAAAAUAGAGAUCAUGAUGAAGCUGUAUUAUAAGAUUGUGGCGUCAGGUACAGAAAUCAGCUUCUCGACUUAUGAUAUCCUACUGAAGAAUCUUUUGGCUUUUGGUAAUUGGAGGAAAUAUAUCGAGGUCUUGCAAUGGAUGGAAGAUUCUGGAACAAAGCCUUCAGCUGCUAUGUUCCGUAACAUCCUCUCCUUUGCACAUAAAAGUGUUGGGACCGAGUAUGCUGUUGUCAUACAAAAAAGAAUAGAAUCCUUGAAAAGAGAAUCGUUUAAAGAAAUUCCAUCAUAAUAGUUAAAAGCUGCAUCUGUUAAAGAUCAGGACAUUGGUGAAUGGAACAAAACUGUGAGGCAGCUCCCAAGGCCCAUUCUCUUGCCAUUACAAUAGCGUUUUGGUCAUCCCGUAGCAGUACUGCGAGCAAGUUUAUGGUUAUGAACUUGGCGCAACAAACUGAUAUAUACUUAAAUUUACACGAGGUGAGCAAGUGUUUGCUUUUAUACCGGCUUAAGAAACUCAAAGAUGGCCAACUCUGCAAAUGAGCCUAUCCGUCAUUACAUCGUCUGCAUGUAGGCCGGAAAUUCGUGGCAACUCCUGUUAUAGCAAUGGAAUGAGCAUUAUUCAGUAGUUCCCUGCUUCACUUGAGAGUCUGUCUUUGUUCAACAGGGACUGGUUGUCCUGCAAGGUCCUGCAAUACUUCACUCUGUAUAUACUCAUCUAACUUUUAUAUAUGAAUUACUUUAUCUUA